AUGGAGGAAGAAGGCACCCUAGUACGAGCAGAUGACCUAAAACCCGCCGGAAAACCUUUGUACAGGCUUUACUUUAAGGGUCUGGUAAACAGGGGAACAACAAUGUUUUCGGCAGGAUUUGGGGUUGCAAUUUGUGGCGACAAGGAUGAUCUGUUGUUUGACAUGGAGAGACCAAUUCAUGAUCGCUCCAUUACACUUUUGGAGGCUGAGCUUAUAGCAUUGAAGGGCGGGUUAGAAAAAGCUGUGAUUAUGCAGAUCAAACAUAUCUCAAUCUGCUGUGAUGAUGAUCAGAUUUUCGAAUUGGUCAUGGGGAGAUCGACGUCGGAGCUAGAAAGCACUGCCUUGCUAUUGAGUGAUAUACAAGGCAUAAGAAAAUAUUUGACGUCUAGCAUCCCUGUUUUGUUGACUCGAGAUCAAGCUAAUAUUGCCUACAAACUUGCAAUAGAAGCAAUCUGUUCUUCUCAUGUCAUCAUACAUAGGCCUGUUCAGAAAUUAGAGACUUGCACUAUCUGUUUGAACGACGAUAUCAAUGCUGACCAGAUGUUUCUUGUUGCUAAAUGUGGUCAUAUGUUUUGUUCCGAAUGUUUUAAACAACAUAUAGAGGUGGAACUUCGUGAGAGAAGUCUGAUAAGAUGUCCUCAGUAUCAUCGUUGCUAUUCUCUACUGACUUAUCGAAAUUGUGUCAACAUCUUGACACCUAAACUAAAAGAGAAGUGGCAACAAAGGAUCAAAGAUGACUCGAUUCCUGUAACGAAUAGAGUUUACUGCCCAAACCCUAGGUGCUCGACUUUAAUGUCCAAAACCGAGCUCUAUGCACAUAUUGGAGUUCGGAGGCGCUGUGUAAACAGCAGCGCAACAAGUGUCAACAAAUGA